AUGUGGUCGGCUGGAAGAGACGCCGUCGUCCUGUUGUCGCUGGUCUCCGUUCUCCGGUGCCAGGCCGACACGAUCAGUGAGUUUGCGGAGGAAGGCGACGACGACCACAACCACGAAAUCCUGCGGGUUCUCCCCUACACGUACAACUGGACUCACAGGCCCAGGAUUCCAGGUCGCUGGCUGGAUGUGACGCGUGCAGCACACAUCCUCAGCUUCGGAGCUGUGUCUGAACAAACUAUGGACUUCGAGGUUAGCCUGCAGGUGGCGCAGGAAUGGCGGGACCACCGCCUGGCGAACCUGACUCAGAACGCCUGGCUCCCCGUGGACGCCGGUGUGCAGAUGUGGAGACCUCACGUGGACUUCGCCAACACCAAAUCCCUGGACAUCGCCACUGCCGAGGAGGAGACGACCAUGUGGGUGUCACAGGGAGGCAUAGUCAACCUGAUCGUCAGGUACAACAUCAAGGCUUCCUGUCCAAUGACUCUGCACGCCUUCCCAAUGGAUCGUCAGAUCUGCCACAUCAGGCUGGACGGGUUUGAUGACACUCGUCUUGAGUGGGGUUUGGCAUCGCUCAUGACGAUGAACGCUGAACCAGUCAUAUCCGACGCGACUGCCUUCCACUCUCAGUUCAAGCUAAUGGGGAUAACUACCAAAUCCUACGUCACCUCGUUUCUACCAUCUGUUCAUGGAAAAGGCUGCACGUUCUCCGAACAAACUUGUGAUUACGCCGACUCUGACACCUGUCAGGCCAACACGAAGCUGUGCGCAGACGACGCCGGGUCAGCGGAGUGUGACAAGUGUCUGUAUUACACGGGAACAUGUGCUAACACCACCAAACAGUGCGAGCUGUUGGAGAAGGGUGACAAGAGCACGUACACGUCAUUAGAGAUCCAGUUUCACCUGUCCAGGAGGUUCGCCUACCACCUGAUGCAGAUGUACGUCCCCUCCACCUUCAUAGUCAUCAUGUCAUGGAUCUCCUUCUGGAUCGAGAUCGUUCUGACCAUGACGACCCAGAGUUCGCGCAGCCACGCCAUGCAGGAGGUCUCGUACGUCCGAGCCAUCGACAUCUGGAUCGCCGCCUGCCAGCUCUUCGUCUUCUCUGCCUUAGUCGAAUACGCCGUAGCGUACAGAUGCUGGCUUGCACAGAAGAACGACAGGCGUGCUAUCAUAACCAUGGAAACUACCAAGCUGACGGAAAACGGUACGUCACCAGAGCACCAGCCAAUAGAAAUCAACGGCGCGGAUGAAAAGUGCAACGGUUGCAACUUCUUCCCUGCCCAGAACAUCGACCGAGCGUGCAGGAUGGUGUUCCCUUCGCUGUUCGUCUUGUUCAACGUGACAUAUUGGACCUUCUAUUUGCUGUGUACACCGUGA